AACCGCCGCUGGCGGUGCCACGCACAGUGGCGCCGCAGCUACAGCCACAGGCAUCGCCGCACCCGUCGAAUCAGGCGUCACCGCAGCUGCCGGGUCCCCCGAUGGCUGCGAUAGAUAAUCAUCGGCAAGGAACUGAGCCUCACUCUCAUCCUCACCCUCACCCCCAUCCGCACCUUCGACAUCAAUCAUCCUCGCCUCAGCGACCUCGGGCUGCACUGGUGCACCAGCGCCGUCACGUGGACCCCCUGGAGCUGUCGCUACGACUCCAGGAGCUCGUGGCGCUGUUCGGCCGGGAGACAGCCUACGUGGGCGUGCAGCGCCACCCUGAACUGCUGGAUCGCGACCCACGGGACUUGGCAUCGCGCGCCGUACAGCUCCUGACAGCGAUCGACCCACGGGUCGCGGGCCCGUUAGCGGCGGCUGUCGCCGCUGCUACGCCACCCAGCUGUGCCCCCGCACGGCCCCUGGCUCGCCUGCUUGAGGACGCCCCGGGGGUCCUGGACCUGGAGCUCGGGGAGGUUCGGAGGCGGCUGCAGGAGCUGUCCGUGGCGCUGAGUUGGAGUUCGGAGCAGGUCGCCCAGUUGGCGUUACACGACCCCUGUGUGUUGCUUCGGGACCCCUCCCAAUGCCGCGAGAACAUCUUUCGGUUGCGGCUCUACUCGUUAAGGAGAGCCGCAACCUGGGUGCAGGGCGAAAACGGCCCGGGCCGGCGCAGUAAGGUAGCUGUGGCGACACCGGAGGCUCCGGCAGCAGCUGCAGCAGCGGCCGCCGCGGCGGCGGUGCCACCGGCGGCGGGUGCCCUAGGCCGGGAAUUGGAUUCGGAGCUGCUGUCCUUGGUGUCGCGGAUAUUGACUGUCAGUGAGGAGGUUAUAGACCGGUUUGAAUAUUUGGUGCUGACGGGGGAGCGCAGUGAUGCGUCCGUGAGGAUGUUGGUGUACGAGAGUAGGUCGCGGGCGCGCUCAACACGAAAGACUCAUGGUUGCCAGGCGUGCAGCCUAGCUGGAUCCUGCGAUUGCUGCCCUAAUUGGUGUCAUAUAUGCAAUGUCGCGAAGUGUCGCGUACAUAGAGCUUCGAAGUGGACGGACGAUGCGUUGAACACGCAAUACAAGCGGGACUACCCGCCAAAGCAUUCCGAUGUCGAGAAGCGGGUUCCAGGGCCUCCGCCCAUGGACAGCAUGCCCUUCUACGGGGUUACCACGCAGCGCGCAGACUACACCCCUAAAAAAGGCCGAUCAGCAUCUGCACGUCCAGCCGACGUGCCAAUUCCGUACAGUCCUUUGGAUGAUAGAACGACCUACAAUGUCCAGUUCCCUGCAAAGCGCGCAGACCUUGAACAACCCCCCCAGCCGGUGUAUCCAAACAUGACCGCGCCCUUCGUCGGCGCCAGCACAUACGAUACCGACUAUGUGAAGAAGAAGGUCCGUCUUGAUGAUGCAACCGAGUACCGGGAUGAGUUUUAUCGAAAGCCGUUACUGUCGCGAUCGCCGCGCGCGUCGCGGCCGCUACUGCCAUCAAGCCACGUGCCCACAAUCACGACGUACGGCCAUGACUAUGUGCCGAAGCCGUUUGAGGAGCGCGAGCGGUUAAACUGCUGCGACGACGACACACACCCCGCUGGGCACCUCUGGAUGAAGGCGUUGUGCCGCGCUCGGCCAUGGACGACAUCACUCUGCAUCGCAUUGGCAUUUAGGAACGCUGAGCAGAGCGGACAACCAGAGAGGGUGGUGUCCAAGCACCUGAAGAGCUCUGGUUCGCCAGAUCGUGAAGUAGAGGGCCUUACCCGUGUACACUGUAAAGGAUUAAGCCCGGCCAGGCUGUAUCCUGACUUUGCGAUUGGGCAGCGUGCGCGUAAUAAGAUGAGCUCGGGUCGUUUUAGCAUAUUGUGGCGUUUGACGCAAUCGGAUUUCUCAGUAAUCAUGUUCUAAACGAGGAACUUUUCCAUUUUUUUUCAAGUUACACUUAUAAUUAUUUCCUCUUGUAAUGACUUUUGUGUAU